AUGGUCGCUCAGAGGUACACGCUCUCAGCGUUGAGGUCGACAUUGUCGGCCGCGUCGAGCGCUCCGCGUCAGUCGGUCGCCACAUCGUCGCGCACUUUUGUUUCGACGCCUUACAGCAGAUCGGAUCGACCUCCUACGGGCUCAGUACCGCCCCAUCAACACGACACUUCGACGACUCCUGGAUCGUCGUCCACGAACGCAUUCUCCUCAUCCAGGUCUUCUGCCUCCUUCGGUAUGGAUGGUUCGGCGGCGGAGAACCGACAGACUCAUUUUGGUUUCAAGACGGUGGCGGAGGAGGAGAAGGAAUCGAUGGUCGCGUCCGUCUUCUCGUCGGUGGCUUCCAAGUACGACGUCAUGAACGAUGCCAUGUCUCUGGGUAUUCAUCGGCUAUGGAAGGAUCACUUUGUCUCCAAGCUCGACCCACGCGGCGGCAUCAAGGUUCUCGACGUAGCCGGAGGCACCGGUGACAUUGCUCUGCGUAUCCUCGACCAUGCCCGCACCAAGCACUUUGACCGUGAAACCCACGUGACCGUCCUCGACAUCAAUCCAAGCAUGCUCAAAGAAGGGCAGAAGCGAUUCAAGCAGACCAUGUACUGGGGCGGCCCGCAAGUGUCGUUCCAGUUGGGUAAUGCUGAGCAGCUCGACUCGACCAUGCCCGUGCCUCCCGAGCCCGUUCGUGGCCCCAACAGCAAGCAGCCUCACCUGCCUCCUCUCGAGAGCAAGCCGAUUCCGGACGAGUCGAUUGACCUGUUCACCAUGGCAUUCGGCAUCCGCAACUGCACCCACAUCGACGAGGUGCUGAAACAGGCGUACCGUGUCCUCAAGCCAGGCGGAGUGUUCAGCUGUCUCGAGUUCGGCAAGGUCAAUGUACCCUUCUUGGCAGAGGCGUACAAGCAGUAUAGCUUCAACGUGCUUCCAUCGCUGGGUCAGAUGCUUGCCGGGGACCGCGAAUCGUACCAGUACCUGGUCGAGUCGAUCGAGCGCUUCCCUACGCAACCCCAAUUCGCAAGGAUGAUGAAGGAUGCCGGCUUCCACCUUCCCGGCUCGCCCACCGCAACGAGCCUCGGCUUCCCUGCAGAGUCUGGAAGCGCCGUAGGAGGCGAAGACGUCGCCGGUGCUUGGGAAGAUCUUACCUUUGGUGUUGCUACGAUCUGGACCGGCAUCAAGCUCUAA